AUGGGUUCAAAUCUGUCGAAAAUACAAGAGCGAGGCAUUGACAAGCUCAGCUACGAAAUCUUCUCCAUCCUAGAGAGCAAAUUCCUCUUUGGCUACAACGAUCAAAGCUCUAGGUUCCCAAGCCGAUCGCUCUCUCGGCCACCGAAGCUCAACCUCAAGCCCAAGUCUAAUCAGCCACCGUCAAUAAUAGAGUCUUGGCAAUCAAGAACCAAAUGGGUAAAAUUUGCAUUCUUAGCAUCGACAGCGUUGGCAUGCGAGACAUUCUCUCCAGUAAAAGCUUUGGCAUAUUUGGAAAACGCGCUCAAACUGAAAUUCGGUAAUUUAGAAGCCAUAAUCGCCGAUUAUUUCGAUGUCGCUGCUGGCUCCGACGUUAGAGGUAUUUUCACCGCCAUGCUCCUUUCCUUGAAAGACCAAGGACUUCCAAUUUUCAAGGCUGACGACACGUGGAGGUUUUUGUCUGAACAAGAGAAGAGAUUUUACCGCUCUUCUGGUUUUGGUUUUGAGUGA